AUGUCUACAUCUUCAGGUACUCCACCAAGUCUAAAUACCGAACAAGAUUUAGAAGACUCUGGAGACACAUGUGUGCCUAAAUUUCGAAGUGCUGUUGUACCAAAUUAUAAUUCUUUAGAUGUGGCUCAAAAGUUAGAUUACAAAUCUAAUACUGUAACAUCUCACGGUGUCGAAGACAUUUUAUCUAUAAGUGGUGUUAGUUAUAGUGUCAGUGAAACUACAUUUCAUGAGAACAAAGCUGAGGUGUUAUCUAUAUCAAAUUCAUUUGUACAAGAUUAUAAUUCUCGAGAUUCAACAAGUUUUAGUAUCCAAGAUAUUUUAGGGCUACAACAGCCAUAUAAUAACGUCAAUCAUCAAGAAGAGAGUGAACCAAAAUAUGGAUACGAAUUAGCUCAUUAUGAAAAUAUCAGCAAUAGUUCAUAUAAUAAUAAUGGAUCAGGAACUGAAGAAUUAGGGCCCGAAGAAUGUGCUGAUAAAUUAGUAGAUGCAUUUGAUACAACGUCUAUUCCAGUCAGAAGUCAUAUAAUUUAUAACAGAAAUUUUGCAGCUAACGAACCUGUUUCGUCGUGUAAUAUAAAUAAUGGUUUGGACAACGAAGUAGUUAAAGAUCCUGGAAAAGUAAACGACUUGCAAGAUUCCAGUUUUUCCAGUCAAAAUUCUAUAUGGAAUAACAAAAUCCCGACAACCGCUUCAUUAAUUGCAACCACACCAUCUAUAUCAAGCGAUAUGUCUACAGAAUCAACAUAUUCGAAAGGAUUUACUAAGCGUGCUCGAACAGCUUACACUAGUUCUCAACUUGUUGAAUUAGAAAAUGAAUUUCAUCAAAAUCGGUACCUAUGUCGGCCAAGAAGAAUCGAACUAGCUAACUACUUACAAUUAUCAGAACGGCAAAUCAAAAUCUGGUUUCAGAAUCGAAGAAUGAAAUACAAAAAAGAUAAUAAACAUAAUAAACCAUCAUCAUCGGUAGAUGACAACAGUCCGUCAAGUUCUAAGGAAUUAUCGCCCGGUCAAGAUCACAAGAUGAGCCAUGGAAGAAGCUGUAGUGGCCAUGACAGACACCGAAGAUUACUGAAUGAUGGUCAUGCAAAUCACAAAUCUUUUCUUUCUGCAAACGAGACACUCUCUAGGCCACCAGAUUAUUCCGCAGUAGGAGCAUUAAAAUCUGUUAUCAAAGGACCACAAAAUACAAUUGAGCUACCAUCAUAUACCCCAAGCUUGUCUUAUUCAUCAUAUUAUACUGCAGGGACGAACAGGGUCGGUUACUCAUCGAUGUCUGACGUUUAUCGGUACUCUAACGAUGAAUCACUGCAACCUAAUACUUUGUCUUCGCUGACUUCCGAUAGCUACGUACCGAAUGGAGUUUUGAAACUCAAUGAUGAUAUACCACGAUAUCCGACUGGAUCUUCCUAUUACAAUACUAUACCUCCAGGAGUGGGACUGCAACCAGCUGUAGCGGAUAAUUAUGGAUUCAGCUCGACUGUGCCUCAAUUAGCUACUACAUCGUAUGAAGACAGUGUUUUAUCAUCAAGAUCAUCAACCUUGCCAUUAACUACAGACCCAUAUUUCUCAUAUUUGUCAGUUCCGGAUCCUUCUAACCAACAAACGUCUACUACUUCGGAUAGCAAGUAUUCUUCAUCUUCUUUUAUAUCUUUGUAG